AAUAAACUAAUUGCAUAUGGUUCGAAGGUUGCCCUUGUUCAUAUACCAUCCAAUAAAUAUUUGUCUACCAAUGGAAUCAAAUAUGACUUGGGACCCGAUAAUAAGCAAUAUAUGGUUAUCGGUAAAGGCCGUGAAAUAGAUUUGACAAAUGAUAUUUGGACUAUUAUUGGAGCAUAUGGCACUAAUGUAAGAGCGGGAAGACCUGUUCCUUAUAACACAAUUGUCGGAUUUAAACAUCAAGCGACAGGAGGUAAUUUACAUUCUCAUAAUAUGUAUGAUGGGAGAAUCACACCGAUCUCGAAGCAUCAGCAAGUCACAAUCAAUCCGGGUGCGAGUGGAAACUAUGACGAUGAUUUUCUUAUUCAGCGCAUUAAUUCAAAAGUUCCUAAAGAAGAACCGGGAUAUUUGAUGAAUGGUGAUAUAAUCUGCCUUUUUCACAUCACUACUAAUAAGCCAGCACUCUACAGUAAUUCCAUAUUAUUUAAUGAUGGAACACAAGAAGUUUCUUGUCAUGGAAAUGGAAAUGACGAGAAUAAUAAG